AUGCGCAACACCCGGCCGUCCCCUAUGGCCCGCAAAUUCCUUCGCGCCGACGCCUCAGCAGACCCGCCAAGGCCGUCGUUGUUGCCCUCAUCUGACAAUUCUGCCGAGAAUUCCUGGCCUCAAGACCCUAUCCGAGACGAAUAUUGCUUCUUCUACGGGACAUUAAUGGAUCCAGAUACAUUAUCCAAAGUCUUAGGAUCGUCAAAACCACCACCUAUGAUGCGCCCUGCUAGGAUGAUUGGUUACGAAAUCAAACUUUGGGGCCCAUACCCUGCUCUCCUCGAUAAGCCGCUUCAUCCAGUCGAUGGAAUAGUGUGUGGCCUCUUAUCGCCGGCGCAACUUGAUCGACUUGCCGCCUACGAAACGGAUAAAUAUCGUCUUCAAGCUUGCUUGAUUAACGUUCUGAAUAAUGACGGUAGCACCGAGAAAACUAUCGAGGGAGUUUCUUUCAUGUGGAAUGGUCGACAGGAUGAGCUUCGGGAUGGUACUUUUGACCUGAAGCAAUGGAGGAAGGACAGACAGCUACGUGAACUGGACUGA